GGUGUCCCGAUGAGGUCCAGGCUGGACGCCCUUGCUGAAAAUCCUCCCCCGGUGGCCGCCCCCUCCUCAAGGCAGGAACUUGAGGUUCACUACGAGACCAUCAGCUUCUCUGGAGUGAAGCCUCGGGACCCCCAGGUCCAGAAGACCAGCGACUGUGAGUACUCAGAGAUCAGACUAGACCCGGGCGCCCAGCCCCGCCCUGGGGCCGCCUCCUCCCGGCGCCCCUCACCUCCUCGCGUGCCCGGCUGUGGCCUGCGGAUCCCGGGUGGACGCUCCUGUGGCUCCGAUCGCUCCGAGGGACACAGCGGCCAGGACGCCGUUGCGGGCUGGGCCCUGGCUCAGGAUCAGAGAUUCUGGUUGCGCCUGCAGGAGCGGGUGACGGUGCAGGAGGGCCAGUGCGUCCUCGUGCCCUGCGAAGUCUCCUACCCCAAGGAAGGUUACACUGAGCACAGCCCAGCCUAUGGCUACUGAUUCAGGGCCAAAGGAGGGCCUCAGGGUACACAGCAUGUUCCAGUGGCCACAAACAACCCAAGUCAUGAGGUGCAGAAGGAGACCCGGGGUCGCUUCCACCUGCUGGGGGACCCCCGGAACUACAGCUGUUCCCUGGACAUCAGAGAUGCACGGAGAGAGGACACGGGGACCUACUACUUCAGGGUGGAGAGAGGGGGUUCUGUGAAAAUGAGUUACAUGAAUCAGCAGCUUUCUGUAACUGUGACAGCACUGACUCACAGGCCGGACAUCCACCUCCAGGGGCCUCUCCAGCCUGGCCGGCCCAGGAACAUCACCUGUGCAGCGCCCUGGGCCUGUGGCAGGAGGACACCCCCUGCCUUUUCCUGGAGGGGGGUCGUCCUCAGUGCCACGAGCACCGACUCCCCGGUGCUCACCCUCAGCCCGGGGCCCGAGCACCACGGCUCCAGCCUCACCUGCCGGGUGACCUUCCCCGCAGUGAACGUGAGCACAGAGACCACCGUCCGGCUCAGCGUGGGCUGUGCGCCCCAGAACCUGACCAUCCAGGUGAUCAGGGAAGAAGGUUCAGGACCUGAAGCCCUGGGCCACGGCUCCUCUCUCCGGGUACAGGAGGGCCAGUCCCUGCGCCUGGCCUGUGUGGUCCACAGCAGUCCUCCCGCCAGGAUAACCUGGAUAUGGGGGACCCAGACCGUGAAGUCCUCUCCAAGCCGACACCCCAUGGGUGUAGGAGGCGCGUGGGAGCACCCCCAGACCCUGGAGCUGGAGCAGGCCAGGGUGCACCUGGACGACUGUGGGAAACUCCUCUGCCGCGCUCAGAACCCUCUGGGCUCCCAGGAGGCCUCCCUGAGUCUCUCUGUGGAGAGUGAGUGA